AUGGGGAGUAUGGAACUGUUCGUGUUGUUCCUGGCCGUUUCGGGGCUCCUGGCGGCCUCAUCUCGGUAUCCAAGGUGGGCCGCGGGGCCUCAGGAGCUGCUGUUCUUGAGCCCCGGGACGCCUCCGGAUUCGUCCCCUUUCGGCUCGCUUUGGCCGCUGCCUCAGUCGCUUCGCGUCUCCCCAGAGAGGUUCCGGCUAGUACCCGAUCAGUUCCAGAUCGUCCACGGCCCGGGAUCCUCCGCGGGUCCGGAUUGCUCCUUGUUGCAGGACGCUUUCCGCAGGUAUUAUGAAUAUAUAUUUGGAUAUUCCAAAUGGCAGAAUCGAGAUGAGAAAAAAUCCUUAUGUGAAACAGAAUUGUCCUUGCUUCAGGUGAUUAUCACUUCAAAGGAUUCCGAAUGCGAUAAAUUUCCUAGUAUUACAUCAGAUGAAGCCUAUCAUCUUCAAGUAUCAAAGCCCACAUCUGUGCUAAAAGCAAACAAAGUCUGGGGAAUAUUAAGAGGUUUGGAAACUUUCAGCCAGUUAUUAUAUGAAGAUGAUUGUGGAAGUUAUUUUGUUAACGAGUCUGUCAUAAGUGACUUUCCAAGAUUUGCAUAUCGAGGAAUCUUGCUUGAUACAUCACGACAUUUCCUGCCACUGAAAGUUAUUCUAACUAAUUUGGAUGCCAUGGCCUUUAACAAGUUCAACGUCCUGCAUUGGCACAUUGUAGAUGACCCUUCCUUUCCUUAUGAAAGUACCACUUUUCCAGAAUUGAAUGGCCAGGGUGCUUAUACUCCCAACCAUGUUUAUACUCCCACAGAUGUCCAUAAUGUCAUAGAAUAUGCUCGGUUGCGAGGGAUUAGAGUUAUUCCAGAAUUUGACACCCCAGGACAUACUCAGUCUUGGAGAAAAGAUAUCCUCACACCCUGCUACAGUGGAAAACAUCCAAGUGGCUCUUAUGGACCUAUAAAUCCCAUUUUGAAUGCAACUUAUGAGUUUAUGAUGAAAUUAUUUGAAGAAGUUGGCAAUGUAUUUCCUGAUGACUAUAUCCAUUUAGGAGGAGAUGAAGUGGACUUCAGUUGUUGGAAUUCCAAUCCUGAUGUAACUGAGUUCAUGAAAAAGGAAGGAUUUGGGUACUGGUAUUCUAAACUGGAAUCCUAUUAUGUUGAAAAAAUAUUGGAUAUAGUGACUUCUCUUAACAAGAAAUCCAUAAUCUGGCAGGAAGUAUUCGAUGAUGGAGCAAAGCUCCAGCCAGACACAAUAGUUGAAGUGUGGAAGAAAUAUUUGUAUCAAUUUGAACUAGCAAGAGUAACAAAACAAGGCUAUCAGGCAAUCCUUGCUGCACCUUGGUACCUAGACCUCAUCAGUUAUGGCGAGGAUUGGAAGAGCUACUACAGUGUUGAACCUCUGGACUUUACUGGAAGCAAAUCACAGAAGGAGCUGGUGCUUGGUGGAGAGGCUUGUCUUUGGGGAGAAUAUGUGGAUGCAACUAAUCUUACACCAAGACUCUGGCCACGGGCAAGUGCUGUUGGUGAGAGACUUUGGAGCAGUGAAAAUGUAACCGAUAUUUCAGAUGCUUCUAAAAGACUUACUCAACAUCGUUGUCACAUGCUUAGGCGUGGAAUUGCAGCACAGCCUUUGUUUGUUGGACAUUGCAACCAUGACUUCCUCUGAACAG